GCUUUAGUUCUACAGUUAAAGAAAAUUGGUUUAAUUCUCGACCGCACGACUAUGUUGUUUCUCCUAGUGAUUUUCUGUACGCUGGUGGUUUUAACCUCAGGAUCAGAUAUCAAUAAUGCAGAGAACAAGAUCAUUGUUGAAAAUAAUGCAAAGGACGUAGGGAUACAUUGCGUGAUAAACAGAGAUGAUCUUCCCCAGUCGGACAGCGAGUCAAAGGGUUUAUAUAUGUGUCCCACAAUGAGACAAUGCAGAAAUGAAAGGCGGGACAGAUUCAUAAUUGCACGGAUCGAAAACAACACGAUAUUCAAUUACUACCCGAAGGAAUAUAAAGUUAGCAUGAAUGGAACAUUGACUGUACGAAAGAUGUCAUCAAAGUAUGACGGAAUGGUGGUCUGGUGCAUAUUAAUGGUUCCGUUAAUUGGAGCGGGAGAAAACACAACUGUUAUUCAAAUAGCUCAAGAGAGGCCCAAAUUGAAUAUAAAUAGCCCACAACUGUUCGCGGUGGUCCAAGGAAUGACUCUACAUUUAGACUUCGAUGCAACUGGUUAUCCUUCUCCCCGGGUAAUCUGGUUUCGUGACGAGCAAGUUCUUCAAAACAGAUCAAUUGAAGAAAGCACAAGUUUGGUGCUAAGAAACGUCACUAAAAACGACGAAGGAAAAUACAAUUGCACGGCUACAAAUCUUCUAGGAAGUGAUAGUUAUGAGGUGCAAGUAAAUGUCAUCGGUGAGUUUUAAUUC